GACAUUGUUCGAUUGACACACUUACAGUGAGUGUGGCAGCUUUAAUUGGGGGAGUUUAAGGUCCCUGUGGUUUCGGGCUGUGGCGCACCAUUUAUAAUUAAUAAUAUCAAACAAAGUUGUCCUAUUCAAUUAACGCUUUACACAAGGUAACGCUAUGCACGCUCUAACUUCCAAGAAAACUGGAGAAUAAACAAAAGGUGCAGCUUUUUGUGUUCCUCGAAUAAAUCAAUACUGCAGUAAUACUGACUGGGCAAUAAAUAUACGAAUUUUCCCAGGCAAAACCUCCAGUUUCAGUCAAAAAUGGAGCUAAGUCGGUUCGUAUUCGUAGCACUGCUCCACUUCUUGCCCUUUGAAUGCAGCAAGUUAGUUGACUACUGCCAGCUGUCCUACUGUGGGGCAAAUAACCUAGCCUGCAACAAUCCAUCUAAAUUCAGCGUCAUGUGUCCGCCGAAUGCCAGAACUCUUUCCAUGUCGACCUACCGAAAUUUACUGCUGAGUGCCUUCAAUGAGUUUCGCAACUUCACGGCGAGCGGAAGGCUAAAGUAUCUUCAGGCAGCGGCGGCACGAAUGUCCCGACUGAGUUACUCGGUGGAACUGGAGAGUCUGGCCCGACUGGCGGUCAUCACGUGCUCCGCACACAAGUUCUGCCUGAGCUCACCGGAAUUCUAUUACGUGGGCACCAACACAGGAUCAACCUCCUAUUUGGGUAGUUUAAACGACUACGAGGACCUGGAACUCAUGUUGCGGACUAUCCAGGACUGGACCAGAUAUGCGGACUACAUCAACAUUAAAAUGGGUCUCUAUAUGCCUACUACUUUAGAGAAAAGGGACAUAGCAAAAGCCCUACUCCUGAUGGCAGAUCGGAACACCCAUGUGGGCUGUUCGGCUAUGAGAUUCACCGUGGACUUCGUCCACAACUUCAUCUUCUUGUGCGCCUUUAGCACCGAUCUUCUCGUGGAGCGUCCCAUUUACCGGAUGUCCACUAAGCCAGGAACUGCGUGCCAGCGGUUGGAUGCCACAUACUCAGCACUGUGCGCUGCUGGGGAAAACUACGACAACAAUAAGCCCGUGGCGAAUGCAAGGGUGUUCCAGUUACCCCUCGAUAUGUCCAUUGGUCGACAAGCUUAUGUGCCAGCCACAUAGAGCGAGCUUUAAUUUUUUUAGAGUGCCGAUGGCCAGACAAAAGUACACGCCCCUGGAUGCCCAGGCCAAAUCAGCGCACAAAAACAAAUAGUUAACACCCAGACAUGGCCAUGAAAGAGGAGCAAGGAGGAGGAGGGAGGAUGGAGGAGGAGCACCAGCAGCAGGAACAGACAUUUCAGCGCAGCUCGAUAAUCACAGGACACAUUUGCAUAUAAACACGCUUCCGGGCUGAUGUCCUUCGCAUGCAAAUGAAAACAUUAGCGAGGCACACGCGCAUCCGCAUCCGCAUCUGCGAAAUGCAGAUACAAGGCCAGGGACAGAUUCAGAUACAGAUACAAAUGACAUUCGUCGCUGUAGCUGUAGCUGUCGCAGUCGCAGUAACAGUUGCUGUUGCCUCUUCCCUGCUUAAAUAUAUAUUUCAAUUAAAAUUUUACACACGAAUAAAUGCAAAGCCACGCCCAGCA